AUGUCGAUGAUUUCUUUAAAUAUGCUGCAAAGCAGACUUGAAAAACUACCAACAUACUUGAAUAAAGAGAGACUUCCUAAUCUGUUGGCAAUAGCUCGGGAUUUUCUUGCUAUACCUGCUUUAAGCAUUGCAUCAGAACAGAUGUUUAGCUAUGCAGGUCAUAUUAUCGAUUAUAGGCGUACUUUAUUAGACCCAGAUACAAUAGUUGCAUUAAUGUGCCAAAGAAAUUGGUUAAAUAUGGCAGAUAAAUUUUGUUGGGAUUUAUAA